GAGAAGUGAGACGCAGACGUCCCAGAUCAGGAUCCCUGAGUUGUCUGCUUUUCUGGUCAUCAUGAGGGUCUUUGCAGUGAUCUUUGUGCUGGCAGCUUUGUCUGGCUGCCAUGCCAGGAGUGUGCCUCAGGAUGACGGCAAUCCCUGGGAGGACACGCUGGACAAGUUUAAGGAUUAUUUCACAGAUCUGAGCCCCAAGUCCUACGAGAUGUUGAAGGACAUCAAGAGCCACCAGAUCAGCAGAGAACUCGACACCCUGAUCCAGGACAGCAUGUCUGAGCUGGCCGUGUACAGACAGGACCUGCAGACCAAGCUGGCUCCGUACACCCAGGAGGCCGCAGAACGUCUGGGCAGGGACCUUCAGUGGCUGGUCGGCAGACUGCGUGACCACAUGGAAGACGGCCGGAAGCAGAUGGAGAAGUACAGCCUGGAGCUGCAGACCAUGAUGGAGCAGAACGCAGAUGACGUCAGGGUCAGGGUGUCCGCCUACACCCGCAAGAUGAGGAAACGCCUCAACAAGGACGCUCAGGACAUCAAGAGCCACGUUGCCGACUACUUUGAGGAGCUUCAGUCUCGUACCUCAAACAACAUGGAGGAGAUGCAGACCCGGCUCGAGCCUUAUUUCUCUCAGGUGCGAGACAACGCACAGGCAAAGGUCACCACCCUGAACGACCUGCUGAAGUCGCAGGUGGACAACAUGGCGGACACGAUUCGGUCCAGGGCCGAGGACAUCAAGGAGGGCAUUGAGAAUACAGCUGAGGAAAUGAGGAGCACCCUGGAGGAGAAGAUGGAGGAGGUGCGCAACUGGUUUCAGCCUUUUGUCUCCAUGAUCACAGGAUAACCUUUCAUCAAAGAGUCCGGACUGACAGUUAAUGUUCAUGUAAAGAGUUUAUUAAUGAGUCAAGUUAAUUAGCUAUGAAAUGAGAAGUUUUUGUUUCAUGACAGAUGUUCACCUCAGUCUACAAGUGUCGUCCAAUAAAACCCAGCUGCUUAUAACGUGUAGAAAACCAUUGCUCAUCAAUAAUGUGAUUAAACUGCUCACAUCUGUUUCA